GACAAAUCUUUAACCGUGCAGGUUCGGCAUAUAUGGGUGACUCUCUCUUGUUUGAGAUCUUCUCGCUACCAAAAUUAGUUUCACUCGAUCUCUCUUAUAAUUAUCCUUUGCUUCUUGACAACAUGAAGUUUCAAAUGCUUGUACAAAACUUAACAAAAUUAAGAUUUCUUAUCCUUGAUACUAUGAAUAUGUCUCUGAUUGUUCCUUCUUCCUUGCUAAACUUGACUUCCUCCAUCGAGUAUUUGAGCCUUAGAGCUUGUUGUUUGCAAGGAAACUUUCCAAAGCAAGUUUUUCAGCUUCCAUCUCUUCAGCUUCUUGAUUUAAGCUACAACUCUCAUUUAAGAGCUAAUUUGCCUCAGUCAAACUGGAGUAGUACCCUCGAGUAUCUGAAUCUUGCAAAAACAAACUUCUCAGGAGAGUUGCCUGAUUCAAUAGGAAAUCUUAAGCUCCUGAGGGAAUUGGAACUUCAUGAUUGCCAAUUGUAUGGAUCAAUUCCUAGAUCUCUUGCAAAUCUUACUAAGAUAACCUUCCUAGAUUUUUCUCUCAACCUUUUGCAAGGGCAGAUUCCACAAUUAUUUGGAAAAUUGCAUAAGCUAACUUAUUUGAGGUUAGAUGCAAACAAUUUUGGUGGUGAAAUUCCUGCAUCAAUCUUCAACCUCACCCAUCUUACUUCCUUGUCUUUGUCAUCAAAUAAGCUAUUAGGUCGAGUACCAUCUUGGUUGUUUUCUCUGCCUUCUUUAUACUCUUUAGACCUCAGUAACAACAGAUUUACAGGUUCAAUUGAUCAUAUAGAGACGCCUAACCUCAUUUUAGAAGAUGUGUUUUUGUCCAAUAAUGAGAUAAGUGGUUCGAUCCCUAGCUCUUUUUUUGAUCUUGUAAAGCUUGUUAUUGUUGACCUUUCUUCAAAUAAUCUAAGUGGCACCAUUACACCCAACCUACUUUCGAAGCUUGUGCACCUUGAGACUCUUGAUCUUUCUUCUAAUAAUCUAAGUGGCACCAUUACACCCAACCUGCUUUCGAAGCUUGUACACCUUGAGACACUUGAUCUUUCCAAUAAUGGUUGGCUAUCUUUGAACAAUAAUGACACUGAUGUCAACUAUUCCUUCUCAAGCCUUAAGUAUUUAAUGUUAUCUUCUUGCAACAUAUACAAGUUCCCAAGUUUCUUAAGGAAGGUAAAGAGUUUGCAAGUAUUGGAUAUUUCCAAGAACAAGAUUUCUGGUCACAUUCACAAAUGGGAAAUAGAAGGGAUGUCAUUGGACACAUUAGACCUUUCUUAUAACUUCUUGACUGGUAUUGAUUCAUUUGAUUUUGGACAUCUUGAAUCUAUUGACCUUAGAUCCAACUUGCUACAAGGAUCACUUCCCAUUCCAUCAACAACUUCGGAUGUUAUACAGCUACUCUUCAUUUCAGGAAAUAAUUUGACCGGAGAAAUCCCAUCUUCUUAUUGCAAUUUGACUUCUCUUACAAUUCUGGACUUAGGUAAUAAUAGUUUGGGAGGGAAAAUUCCAAAAUGUCUUGGAAACUUAAGUGAUCUCUCCAUCUUGGACCUGCAGAUGAAUAAGUUUCAUGGUGUAAUACCAAAUUCUUUUGUCAACAGGAGUAAAGUGAGUACUCUCAAACUAAAUGGCAACCAGUUGGAAGGGAGACUGCCUCCAUCUUUGGUUAAUUGCGAUGACUUGGAAGUUCUAGAUGUGGGGAACAACUACUUGAAUGACACCUUUCCGCAUUGGUUAGGUGUUCUUCCAUGGCUACAAGUUCUCAUCCUUCGAUCUAAUCGAUUUCAUGGUGCCAUUACCAAUUCUAGGCCUGCAUUUUACUUCCCUCAGUUGAGAAUCAUUGAUGUCUCGCAAAAUGAUUUCAUGGGUCUCCUACCGAGUGGUUAUUUCAGAAAUUGGACAUGCAUGAAAGAUGUAACUCCAGCUGAUAUAGCCAAAUUGAAAUACAUCGGUGAUACUGAUAAUUAUUAUAAUGAUUCAGUGAAGGUAGUACUGAAAGGCUUUGAGGUGCAGCUUGUAAGGAUCUUUACAAGUUUUACAACUAUUGAUUUCUCGAGCAAUCAAUUUCAUGGGCGGAUUCCCGAGGAGCUAGGAGAACUUAAUUCACUUAUAUUGCUAAACUUGUCCCACAACAGUCUCACUGGUCAAAUUCCAUCAUCCUUGGGGAAAAUGACACAACUUGAAUCACUGGAUCUCUCAUCAAACAAGCUUGAGGGCAGGAUUCCUGAGCAAUUGACAAAUCUAACAUUCCUUUCCGUUUUGAAACUUUCACACAAUGAUCUUGUGGGCCAAAUACCUCAAGGGAAGCAGUUCAACACUUUCUCAAAUGAUUCCUACAUUGGGAACUCUGGGUUGUGUGGAUUACCGUUGUCAAAGAAAUGCCACAACGAGGAAGAACCGAGAGCACCUGCACCAAAAUUUGAUGAAGAAGAUGACUCUGUAGCACCCUUUGAGUGGAAGUUUGCAUUGGCGGGUUAUGGGUGUGGACUGGUGUUGGGACUUAGUCUAGGAUACAUUGCGUUCACUAUAGGAAAACCGUGGUGGGUGGUGAAGAAGGUGGAGAAAUACCAGCAGAAAUUUGUUGGAAGGUGCAACGGCCGACAUAAGAAGAGAAAAGCACAAGAACCCUACCAACGCUCUUAGGUGCAAGCAGGUGCAUCUGAUUUCCUAUCCCGGAAAGAUGUGGCAACAAAUUAUGUGUCUUUGUUUUGUGUUGCUUCUUGAGUUUGUUUGUUUACAUCUUUUUCAUGUACAUAGUUGAUAUAUGGUUGCAGCAUCUAGUAUACUUUGGGUAUUGUAUGAAUUUGUGUUGUUUUCUUUUGGAUUUGAUCUAUCUAUUCCGCACGUAGUUAUCAUGUACU